AUGCUCAUCCUCAAGCAGCGGCAGAUGAGUGCCCGUGAACACUGGGUGCGGCCUGUUUGGGUAAAUCGCGCCCGAGAAAGCGAGUUCUUCACGGCGGUGGAGAAAAUGAAAAACGGAGACGCGACGCUUUUCCAGAAGUACUACCGUAUGACACCACACACAUUCGACAAACUACACAGCAUGGUGAAGUUUGGACUCACGAGAGAGUGGCUGUGCAGAGAACCGAUAACCUCCGGUGAACGGCUCGCGAUUUGUCUGCGGUACCUGGCCUCAGGAAUGGCCAUACUCGAUGUGGCCAUGGCCUUCCGAGUAGGCAUAGAGACUGCCAGAGUAGCAAUUCACUGCACGUGCCGCGUGUUGUGGGAUGUGCUUUCUCCCUUGUACAUGAAGCCGCCAACCGGAGCUGAGUGGCACGAGAUAGCUUCAGGUUUCUGGCAACGCUGGCAAUUCCCCAACUGCCUGGGGGCAGUCGAUGGAAGACAUGUUCAAAUCAAGUGCCCGAGGAAAUCGGGAAGCUUGUACUUCAACUACAAGGAGCACGGAACAAUUUGGCCCCAGCUGCCAGAAGUUCAGCGUUUCCUCAGAUGGGACGAAACCCUAAAAAGGGAAAAUCCUUUUCGAUUGUCCUCAUGGCUGUUUACGGACAGCCAAUACCUGUUCAGGCUCAUAGACGUCGGCGCCCCUGGAAGAUUCAGCGAUGGUGGUGUGUUCAAGGACUCUCCCAUUGGAAAGCGACUGGAGCAGGGAAAGCUCGGCUUGCCCAGGGCUGCGUCGCUGCCAGAUUCAUCCAAAAGUUGCCCUCAUGUGUUCGUUGGAGACGAGGCAUUUCAACUUCGGCCUGACUUCAUGAAACCUUUGUCAGGCAGCCGGACCGACCAAAAGGACAUCAUUUUCAACUAUCGUCUCAGCCGUGCAAGACGGUGCAUCGAAAAUGCGUUUGGCAUUCUCACAGCGAGGUGGCGGAUCUAUCACAGGGUGAUCGACCUUAAACCUGAAAAUGUUGACUAUGUCAUCAAGGCGACUUGUGUGCUGCAUAACUUCUUGUGCCUGGAGUGUGGCGGUGGAGAGUACUACUGCCCAGUGGGUUAUGCCGACUCUGAGGACACUUUUGGGAAUCUUCGUGGGGGUGCAUGGAGGGAAGACAUUGGAGCUCAACGAAUAUACCCGAACUGA